AUGAAUUAUAAAGAAGAACAAGAUCAGGAACUGGAAGUCCUUCAAUCCAUCUAUCCAGAUGAAUUGGCAGUGUUAAACAGCCAUUAUCCAAAUAUAUCCUUCGAAGUAUCACUUUUAUUGGAGCUAGACCAAUUAGAUGACCUAAUCAUCGAAUCAUUGACUAAAAAACACACCCUUUUGGUCCAAAUAACUUUACCUGAAUCUUAUCCUGACGAGACUCCAAUAGUUUCGAUUUCUUGUCAUGAAGAAUAUGUAAACGGAGAUGACGAAGUAGACGAUGCUGAUGAGGGUGAAGAUGAACCUGAAUUCGACAGCCAUGGGAACAAAAUAAUAAGUAAACUGGAAAACAUACCAAAUUCUAUAUCAUUUGACAGUUUCAUACCUAUUUUACUUAACGAAAGGAUAAAUAACGAUGAAUAUAUGGAGGAUGAAAUGAUGGUGAUGAAGGGGAUGCAAAUGUGUUUCACUCUACUUUCUUCUAUAAAAGAACAAUGUGAAAACUGGUUUUUAAACGAGUUGAAAGAAAGAGAAUUGAAACAUCAAAGAGAGAUUGAGUUGAAAGAAAAGAAGGAGAACGCUAAAUUUAUAGGUACCAAAGUUACAAGGGAGUCUUACUUGAAGUGGAGGGAAGAUUUUAGAAAAAAAUUAAAAUUAGAUGAGAGAGAUCAACUAAGAAGAUUGAAGGCACAUAAUGGUAAAUUGACUGGUAAACAAAUGUUUGAACAAGGUCUUGUUGGUACUGAAGAUGAAGAGACUGGAGAUAUCGAUGGUGAAGAUGGUGAUGGUGAUAGCAACGACGGUAUUAACACAAAUAUGAAGGAUUCUGUUGCUGAUGCUUCAUUAUCAAAUAACAUUAAAGAUUUAAAGAUUUAA